GAAUCAUGGCCAUCCGAGGCUCCCGUAGCAUGAUGCAGCUCCAGUGGUACCUCCCACCCGGAAACUUGUUCACGCCCUCCUUGGGCCCCGCCUUGAGAUGGCAGGAUCCCAGAGCGCCUCCCAGGCAACUCUCGAGACUGAACCGAUGGCCACCUACAAGGAAGUGAGCGUGUCCGGCUUCGAGGAGUUCGACCAGGCUGUAAAGGAGCACCAGGGCAAGACCAUUUUUGCCUACUUCAGCGGUUCUAAGGAUGCCGAAGGGAAGAGCUGGUGUCCGGACUGCGUGGAAGGACAGUCAGGACUAGGACUUAGUGAUUCUCCAGUCCAGAAAAGAACACAUGACUUUAACAUCCUCAUUCUUACUGGAGCUGAGCCAGUCGUUCGAGAGGGGCUGAAGCAUGUUACGGAAGACUGCGUGUUCAUCUACUGCCAAGUAGGAGACAGAUCUUACUGGAAAGACCCAAAUAAUGACUUCAGACAAAAACUGAAAUUAACCGCAGUGCCUACACUACUUAAAUAUGGAACGCCUCAAAAACUUGUGGAAUCUGAGUGCCUUCAGGCCAACCUCCUGGAAAUGAUAUUCACUGAAGAUUAAGAUUUGAUGAUAGCACUGGGUGGUGACAGAGCCCACUUUUGAUCCCAGCAUUUGGGAGGCAGAGACCGGUAGAUUGGUGAGCUCAAGGGCCAGCCUGGUCUAAAUGGCUAGUUCCAGGACAGCCAGAGCUACACAGAGAGACCCUGUCUCAAAAAAAAAAAAACAAAAACAAAAAAACAAACUGAUGAUCACAAUUGUGUCUUGAUUUCCUGGUUUGCUUAAAAGAAUUGAUUGAAUUGAUCAGUGUA